AUGUUUGUAUUGCAGAUCAUUUUUUAAGACGACAAAGGCUUCCAGGGGCGUUGUUGCAAAUGCAGCAGUGACCACCACGGCCUGCCGUCCUGUGUGAAACAGCGCAGUUCCAUCUGCGUGAAAAAAGGCAGUUGGAUGAUUUAUGAGAACACCAACUACUUGGGAUACCAGUACUUUUUAAAAAGGGGAGACUAUCCUGACCUCCAGAAGUGGCUGGGUCUCAGCAACUUUGUCAGGUCUUGUCAUUUAAUCCCACAAAAUUCUGCUUCCCACAAGAUUCAGCUCUACAAAAAAGAUGAGCUCCAAGGCUAAAUGUUGCAGCUCACCGAUGAUUGUCCAUCGGUCCCAGACUACAUCCAUCUUUCCGAGAUCCGCUCCCUCAACAUUUUAGAUGGCUCCUGGAUCUUGUACAAGACGUCCAGCUUCAGGGGACAACAGUAUUUGCUGAAACCUGGAGAAAAGAGAAGAUUCCUCAACUGGGAUGCAGUAAACAAAGCUGGCUCUUUGCAGAGGCUGGUUGACUUGCACUGA